GCACUAGUAGAGGGAAGCUGUUCCCGCCAAGAUACGAAAGAAAAAUAAUUCCGUUUAAACUUUUCGUAACAAGAACUGGACUCUUAAUUUUCUAUGAUACAAUUAUUUUGCCAUGUUAGAAGACACUGUUUUGGAGGAAGACAUCUGGGAAUACAAAUCCUUAAGAAAACCCAAACAUCUAAAUAAUUGCUCUGAAAAUAUUCCUGAAUCUGUUGAAAAGGCAACAGAUGGAAAAUACCAGUCAAAACGAAGCAGAAAUAAAAAGAGAACUGUGGAAGCUAAAAGGAAGGUAAAGGACCAUGAAACAUGCCUUGGAGAAACAGAUAGUCAGACUCCUAUAGUGUCUAGUCAGAGGUCAAGUUGUGAAGAUAGUAUUCAGCCAUCCCAAGUCAAGGAGACUACUCCAGCAAAGCACUGUGGAAAUCACAAAAACAAACAGGUGUCCCCAAAGAUACGUCCAGUUUAUGAUGGAUACUGUCCAAACUGCCAGGUGCCUUUUUCCUCGUUGCUAGGUCAAACACCACGAUGGCAUGUUUUUGAAUGUUUGGAUUCUCCACCACUCUCUGACACAGAGUGUCCGGAUGGUCUUCUUUGUACCUCAACAAUUCCUUCUCAUUACAAGAGAUACACUCACUUCCUGCUAGCUCAAAGUAGGGCUAGUAAUAGCCCUUUGAACACCCCAUCACAUCUGUCAGGUGGUAGUUUUAAUUGGUCCAGUGAGACUAAUUCAGGCUUUCUUUGUAACCUUGAGAAAAGUUGGUCUCUGAAAACUGAGAAUGUAAAAAAUGUUUCAAGUGAUCCCUUGUUGAUGACACAGUGUCUAAGAAUAUCUCAGUCUCCAACUGAAACCAAUAAAAAUAUUUCCUUUUCCACAAAUACCCGAAAGUCCCAACAAGCUCUACAAUUUACUGAGUUUGUUAAUAAUGGCAAACAGAUAGGUGUUGCUUUGCCUUUCACUGAUGAAUUAGACAACCAAAACAACUCAGAACAUGUCAGUUUGCUACUGCCGGAAAAUGACUUUAGCAACUGGGAAAUCUCUUAUUCUCCCCUGCAAAGUGAUGAAGAAACUUAUGAUAUAGAUGAAAAGCUGGAUGAUUCACAACCGGAACUAUUUUUUACUGAAAGCUCAAAAGUUGGCAGCCUAGAGGAAGAUAAUAGCAGCUUUACUUUGUUAAAAAAUUUCUGUGGUCCUUUACUGAGGGGCCCUGAAGAUAGCUGCUCCAAAGUAAAUAGCUUCUUAACUAAGGAUAAGUACAGUGAAGAAUUGUAUAACUACUGUAUUCUAAAUGAUUUGCCUCAACAUAUUUCCCAAAACAAAGAGAGUGUUAGUUUGUGUGAUGAACCAGGAUAUGCUACUGAUCACUUUCUGUUGUUACCAUCUGCAUUAGCAGGGAGGCUUGCUUCUUCUAUAUACCAAGCCACUAAAGCAAAACCUGAUGAGCCAGAAUUUCACUCAUCUCAAUCAAAUAAACGAAAGGUGAUUGGAGAAUCAGCUGUUUCCAAGCAAGUCUCUCUUCCAUUACUUAAGAAUGAAAUGCCAAAACCUUUUGAAAGUCAGGGAGAAGAGUAUCUUUUUUCCCAUCCAACCCAAAGUAAAAUUACAGAAUUAUCAACUAACUUUAAUACUAGGAAUAGUGCUAAUUCAGUACGUUUCUGCAAAAAGACAUUAGAUGGUAUGCUAGUCAGUAAAGUUUCUGUUUUAAAUAGAGAUAAUUUUUCUAGUACACCUACUGCUGCUAAGUCUUGGAAUAUAUUGCCAUCCACUCCUAAGUGUAAUGCAGGACAUGCUACUACUAAAGUAAUGAAACAAAUGGAUAUAGGUGUGUAUUUUGGACUACCACCCAAGAGAAAAGAAGAAAAAUUGCAGAAGGAAAGUCCGUUAAAAGGGAUAAACUUAAAUCCAGUUCUAAGUCCUAAUGAAAAGAGGACCCGGCAGCGUAAGAGGAAAGCAGAAAACUCUUUAAGUGAUUUAGAAUUUGAUGCAACAAAUAUAAAUGAAAAGUGGCUUUCUAUGGAGCUUUCUGGUAAGAGAGCACAGCAUCAGAGAAAGAGACGUAAGAAGUUAAUUUCACUACAGGAGGGAGCACCUCAGAAUAAGUCAGAUUACCUUAUUAACACCACAGAAUCUGGAACAGUCAAUUUAAGUAAAGACCAAGUCUUCAUAAAAUCAGCUAGUGGGGGGCUGCAAAAAGGGAGUACAGAAAUUCCAGAGUCUUCUAACGCAGGAGGAUUAAGAAAAAAGACAUGUCCAUUCUAUAAGAAAAUACCUGGAACUGCCUUUACAGUUGAUGCCUUUCAAUAUGGAGUGGUUGAAGGUUGCACAGCAUAUUUUCUCACACAUUUUCAUUCUGAUCAUUAUGCUGGAUUGUCUAAAAACUUCACAUUUCCAGUUUACUGUAGUAAGAUAACUGGCAAUUUGUUGAAAAACAAGCUUCAUGUGCAAGAACAAUAUAUCCAUCCUUUACCAGUGGACACUGAAUGUAUAGUGAAUGGUAUCAAAGUUGUUUUGCUUGAUGCCAAUCACUGUCCAGGUGCUGUCAUGAUACUUUUUUAUCUUCCUAAUGGAAUUGUCAUAUUACACACCGGAGACUUCAGAGCAGAUCCCUCUAUGGAACGUUCCCUUCUUGCAGGCCAGAAAGUCCACCUACUUUACUUAGAUACAACAUAUUGCAGCCCAGAAUACUCCUUUCCAUCUCAGCAAGAGGUUAUUCAGUUUGCCAUCAACAUUGCCUUUGAGGCUGUAACUCUAAACCCACAUACUCUCAUCGUCUGUGGCACUUACUCUAUUGGAAAAGAGAAAGUCUUCCUAGCCAUUGCUGAUGUUUUGGGUUCUAAAGUGGGCGUGUCGCAAGAAAAGUAUAAAACAUUACAGUGUCUCAAUAUUCCAGAAAUUAAUUCCCUCAUCACCACAGACAUGUGCAGUGCAUUGGUUCACCUUCUCCCAAUGAUGCAAAUUAAUUUUAAGGGUUUACAGAGUCAUUUGAAGAAGUAUGGUGGGAAAUAUGAACAGAUUUUGGCUUUUCGACCUACAGGAUGGACACAUUCUGACAAGUUAAGCAGUGUAGCAGAUAUUAUUCCCAAAAUCAAAGGAAACAUUUCUAUAUAUGGAAUUCCUUACAGUGAACACAGCAGCUACCUAGAAAUGAAGCGUUUUGUCCAGUGGCUGAAGCCCCAGAAGAUCAUUCCUACUGUAAAUGUGGGCACCUUGAAAAGUAGGAACGCAAUGAAGAAAUAUUUUAAAGAGUGGAAAUUGGAAGCCGGAUAUUGAUGUAAUAUGAAAGGAUUCGGAAGUAGUUAAGUAACUUAGGUGUAGCUUGCUAAAGUUAAAUCUUUAGUGAUAUGAAAUGCAUGUUAUGUAAAAAACGUCAUGAAGGUUGUUCAUAUAACUUACUUUUUCAUUUAUGUUUGAAUAACACAUUCAUGAUGCUGAAUGCCACUCAGCAUCAUCAGUGAUAACUAGGACUGGGUUUCCCUUCUAUCUUUCAUUUUUGCCCCUCCCUAUAGGACAGUCAUUUUCUGCAUCAAGACUUAAGGGAUGAAACAAAGCCAUGUCCGGGGACCAAAAGGACUCAUGAUAAUGGAAAAACUAGAUUGAAAGCAUUAUAUUUAAGUAAUUACAUAUCUUUAAAAUUAUUUAAUAUGGGGCAUAGUUUAUGAGGUAAAACUUUUAUAUGAAAUGUAUAUUUAAAUAAAAUCCUAAAUUUCCAGCAGUGUCCUUUGGUUUUUAGGAUUUGUAACUCUUGACGUUCAUACAUUUUUAUAAAAUCUCAGUGAAAAUAAUUCCAUGUUUGAGUUUGAAAAAAGUUACUCAAAGAAUCUACAAGAUAAUCAACCAAUAAAGGAUGAGUAAAGUUUGCAUAAAUAAUGUUUAUCUGAACUGUUUAUUCAAAACAUCAAAUAACUAAAAGUUUUAAAAAGUGAGAUUAUAAUUUAUGCAUUUUGAUUUUUCCAACAUAGAUUAAAUAGUUGAUCCAAAGUAGAAAUUUUGGGCCAAUCCAUGGUAAAAAUGUGUUUAUGGGGUCUAAAUAAGAAAAAGGCCAGCAUAAUGACUAUUUUCUUGGUUAUGUUGAGAGCUAUAUACUAAAUUCUUAGCUCCAAUCCCUAACACUUUGGUAGUUAAAAAAAUUUCAGUUUUAAAGUGAAAUUAAAGGAGAAGAAAUCUACCACCAACUGCAAAUAGAUGGACUACAGCUCUUGAACAUGUAGAGGACUGUGUAGAGAAGGAAAACUAGAAUUAGGCUAAUGUAGGGGAAAAUGUUUCGCUUUAUAUUUUUUUGGAACUUUUCAGAAAGCUUCUAUGUAGCCUUACCUGAUUUGGGACAUUAUAAUUACCAGGUGCAGUGACACUCAACAGGCUGAUUUGUAGUUCUCAAGAUUUUGAUGUAACAGGAUAACUUCCUCCACUUAAUAUCAGUGCCUUUUAAAUCUAAGGUAUUUAUCACUUACUCUAUAUUUAAUAAUGUGUCUAAAUAUGAAAUAUAGAGCAACUAAUUUAAAUUGACACUUUGUUCAGUUAUUGCUUCAUAUUUUUGUGGACCAAAUGCAUUCAGAAUUUCCUUAUUUGGUCCUGAGUAACCAUCAGUACUAGGAUAAGGAACUAAGAAAAGAAUAAUCUUCAGGUACUAAUCCCCAAAGUGAUCUUUCAUGAAAGAGCAUUGAUAUUGGCUUUUAACUUACCUGGUCAUUUUAUUAUUAUGCAUUUAGUUCUUUUGGACUGAUCUGAGAAAAAUCCCAUUAAAGAAGUUACUUGAAAUUGGCAACAUGUUAAAUGAUUAUGGAUAAUAGUAAAAUGGUUUACAUAUGAGAAUUAUUUCUAAUCUGAGUAGUCAGAAGCUUUUAACAUGGUAAUUGUUUUAAGCUGCCAAUUCUAUUUCAUAUUUCCUUUCCUUAGUGUCUACCCCUUCCUCCCAAAAGUAGCCAUAUUCUUUUUGCAUAUCCCAUUUCCCAAUUAUUUCACAGUUCCAUUUUUGAUAAGCCAGAAGUUAUUUAUAAAACAUUUGUUAUGAGGGGUAGUUGUUUUUGCAACCAGGUAUAGCACAAAAUGAUUAUUUCUUUAAAUACUCAUAGCUGAGUCAGAAAUAGGGUAAGACAGGAGGGGUGCCUAGGGUACAAAAUUUAAAGAGUUUAGUUUAAUUGUCACUAAAAUCAGGCAGUAAGCAUUUAGUCUUCCUUCCAGGAAGUCAGUCAACUUUAUUACUGAUUAGCUGCUAUUGCCCCACACUAUUCUUGGUGUUGUGGGGGAAAUGAAGAUAAGAAUAAUUCAAUUUAGCAAGUAUUUAUUGAGUGAUUAUUCUGUAUAGGAUGAAGGGGAUACACACAUGCACUUUGUUAGGGAUCUAUGCUUAAAUAAAAUAGUCCCAGGCAUCAGAGAAUUAAUGUUAAGAGAGAAAGACAUGUCCCUCGGCACUGUAUCAGUCGAGCCAUGAUACGUGAUGAAAAGUGACAUGGGGGCCCUUAAAAGGGAGGAAUUAAUUCUAAUUAGGUAGAUGGAGCAAGGUUUCCAUACAGCAGUUGGCUUUUGACAUGGACCUUAAAAAUUUUCAUGGACUGGAGAGCAGUGCAGUGCUCAGGAAAGGCAUGGAGGUGUGACAUUAUGAGAUGUGGACGAGGAACUUGGAGUAAUCCCAUGUUGACAUGUGAAGCUCAGGCUGAUAGCGAUAGGUUGGGAAAGAUGUCAGAGGCCUUUGAAAUUUAUGCUAAGGGGUUGGAGGUUAUUCUGAAGAAAAGAGUUUCUUAAUGUUUGGAGGCAGUUAGAAUAUAUUUAUUUAUAUGUUAGAAAUGAAGUAUAUAUGAUUUAUACACUCACCUGCAUACAUACAUACAUACAAGAUACAUAUACAGUAUACAUUGUGGCUUGACAGAAUUGGAUCAAGCCUGGAUGCUUGAGAUGCAUUAUAAUUAUGGGUGGUUUAUGAGGUGGUAAAUUUAAAGUCCUUUGAGGACCUCAGAGUUUCCUUAGAGAGCUGGCUAAAAUAUAUAUGUGUUUAUAUAUGUAUAUAUGUGUGUAUAUGUAUGUGUAUUUCAAUAUAUAUAAUAUAAAUAAAUAUGUAUGGUUUUAUAUGUUGAGAAAGGAGAGGUUAGGGUAGAUUGGAGUUGUAUUAUCUAGUUGGUGAACUAGAAUACAGAUAAAACUAAUUUAGAAACACAAAACAGUAUAUAAACAAUUCAUGAAUGACCAAAAGCUCAUUUAAUUUAAAUCAAACUUGGCUUUAUAUGAGUGCUGCUCUUAGUUUUAGACUGUGUUUUGUGGAUUUAAAUCCCUUUAGAACUAUAGUAGAUUACAUAGGGAUUUAAAAACAUCUAAGAAGGCUAUUUACUUUGUGCCAGAUGUGAUGGACAUUUUGAUAUGCAAAAAAGUAAAGUAAAAUUGUGUUAUCUGUAUAAGCCGUUCUUAUUUCAAAAUGGAAAGCUGGAACCUAAGGUCAGAAAAUGGCAUCAAAGCAGUGCUUUAAUACACUAUUAGGUAAUGCUAUUAAACUUUUUUAAAAGUUUGUUUGAAAGAACUGUUACAGACUUCCUGUUGAGGCUCUGAGCUCUGAUUACAUAUCACAUGGGAUAAGCAGAUAAAAUUGUAAAUGAACUAAAAGCAAAUGUCUGGAAGAGGAAUAAAGUCCAAAUAACCUUGUUUUGCUAAUCAGUCAAAAUUUUCUUUUCUCUGUGAGCUUUAUCCAUGGAAAGAGUGAUGAACUCUGUUGUUUUUUUUAAAACAGCUUUAUUCAGAUGUAAUUCACAUACCAUAAAAUCUGUCCGUUUACAGUGUACAGUUCAAUGGUAGCAGUCAUUCCCCAUUUCCCUAACCUCUAUCCCUAGGCAACAGCUAAUCUACUUUCUGUCUCUAUAGAUUUACCUUUUCAGGACAUUAAAUAAAAAUGAAAUC